CCCGCCUCCCCGCCCGCCCCACUUCUCAUUCACUUGGCUCGCACGGCUCAGACGGCGCAGGGAGCACACACCGCCAGUCUGUGCGCAGAGCCAGAGCCAGAGGCCGCGGGGACACCAUGCACGCCCCCAACUGAAGCAGCACCUCAAAGCCGCAGCUCCCAGCAGCCUAGCGGAUUUCAGGGAGCUCAGACUCAGAAGAACUCCUGUGGAGAGACCCCCCCCCAAACCCUCUUCCAGUACAGUCUUCAUCCCGACGUUCCGCUACUGCAGGCAGGAGCGCACAGUGCCCCGGCUCGCCGCGCCAUGGAGCGGAUCCCCAGCGCGCAACCGCCCCCCGCCUGCCUGCCCAAAGCGCCAGGACUGGAGCCCGGAGACCUACCAGGGAUGGAUUUUGCCCACAUGUACCAAGUGUACAAGUCGAGACGGGGAAUGAAGCGGAGCGAGGACAGCAAGGAGACCUACAAACUGCCGCACCGGCUCAUCGAGAAAAAGAGACGUGACCGGAUUAACGAGUGCAUCGCCCAGCUGAAGGAUCUCCUCCCCGAACAUCUCAAACUUACAACUUUGGGUCACUUGGAAAAAGCGGUGGUUCUUGAACUUACCUUGAAGCAUGUGAAAGCACUGACAAACCUAAUUGAUCAGCAGCAGCAGAAAAUCAUUGCCCUGCAGAGCGGUUUACAAGCUGGUGACCUGUCGGGGAGAAAUGUGGAAGCAGGCCAAGAGAUGUUCUGCUCAGGUUUCCAGACGUGUGCCCGGGAGGUGCUUCAGUACCUGGCCAAGCAUGAGAACACGCGGGACCUGAAGUCUUCACAGCUCGUCACUCACCUCCACCGAGUGGUCUCAGAGCUGCUGCAGGGUGGCACCUCCAGGAAGCCGUCAGACCCAGCGCCCAAAGUCAUGGACUUCAAGGAGAAACCGAGCUCCCUGGCCAAAGGCUCCGAAGGCCCUGGGAAAAACUGUGUGCCCGUCAUUCAGCGGACUUUUGCUCACUCAAGUGGGGAGCAGAGUGGCAGUGACACGGACACAGACAGCGGCUAUGGAGGAGAAUCAGAGAAGGGUGACUUGCGCGGCGAGCAACCGUACUUCAAGAGUGAUCAUGGACGCAGGUUCACCAUGGGAGAAAGGAUCGGUGCUAUUAAGCAAGAAUCUGAAGAACCCCCUACAAAAAAGAGCAGGAUGCAGCUCUCAGAUGAUGAAGGCCAUUUCACUAGCAGUGACCUGAUCAGCAACCCGUUCCUGGGCCCACACCCACACCAGCCUCCCUUUUGCCUGCCCUUCUAUCUGAUCCCACCGUCAGCAACAGCCUACCUGCCCAUGCUGGAGAAGUGCUGGUAUCCCACCUCUGUCCCAGUGUUGUACCCCGGCCUCAACGCCUCCGCUGCAGCCCUCACCAGCUUCAUGAACCCAGACAAGAUCUCGGCCCCCUUGCUCAUGCCCCAGAGACUCCCUUCUCCCUUGCCAACCCAUCCUGCCAUCGACUCUUCUGCCCUGCUCCAGGCUCUGAAGCAGAUCCCCCCUUUAAACUUAGAAACCAAAGACUAAACUCUUAGGGGAUCCUGCUGCUUUGCUUUCCUUCCUCCCUACUUCCAAAAAACAAUUGUGUUUGUGAAUGCAGCGAGAUUGUUCUGGUGUGUAUGCCGCGAUCAUCUGAGGCGUGGAGAGAAGAUUUGGGGGGUGUGAGUGUGUGUGUGUGAGUGUGUGUGAGUGUAUGUGCCUCGUGUGUUGGUAUAGGACACUGAAGCUCCUUUUGGCGUAGGGAAGACAUGAAGGAUUGCCUGACAUCAGGAGAUUUAGGGGGGAUUGUAGCAGACCUCUGGGCUUUUCCCCACCCAGAGAAUAGCCCCCUCUGAUACAAAAUCAGCUGGAUUUUCAAAAGCUGCAAAGUCUUGGUCUGUGAGUCAGUCUUCACCUUGGGAGCCGGGUCUGUGGCUUUGAGAAAAAGGUACUUUCAAAAGAGGGCUUUCCAGAGUACAGUUCCCAGCCAGCCCUUAUGACCCCACCCUUCUCCCUUUUCUUGUCGCCGUGACUCACCAUAUGGGGAGAGGGCAGCCAGACUGAGCUCUCUGCAAAGUGGUGAGGUAGCAGACACUGGCAUAGCACGGUAGUGGUUUGGGGAGAUUUCCGCAGGUCUGCUCCCCACCCCUGCCUCGGAUGAAUAAAGAGAAUGUAGUUCCCUACUCAGGCUUUCAUAGUGAUUAGCUUACUGAGGAACUGAAAAGGGUACAGGCCAAGCUGCCAGGGGAUGAGGGAGGAGUGCCUGGGGUCUCUGGCACCUGUUUCUGAGUCUCAUCUAGAAACAUUCUUGCUGUCCAGGGAACCAAACCACAGUCUGAGAGAUCCAGGCGCCUAGGUUCCCAACACCCCAAAGUGCUUAAAGCCAGGUAACAAAUUGCUGCCUUCAACAAGCAGAGCUCGACUCCGUUUUCAGUUCUAUCUUAAAACUCCUUUUAACCAAGCUUAGCUUCUUAAAGGCCUAACCAGCCCUUGGCACAGCAAGAUCCUUUCUGCAGGCUGAUUCCCCUCGUCCGACAGCACAUGGAGUGUCCUUACUGCUGAAAAGGAUUCUGUCUCC